AUGUCAGGCCCCCUGAUACUCUUUUCCCUCCCAGUUCUCUACUUCCUCCUCUUUGUUUUUGUGACCUCAACAGUCUUCCACCUUCAACUUCAAUUCUCAAAGAUAUCCACAUCACCCCUUGAAAUCCUACCUCUUUCAACCUACCGCCCUGAGGGUAUCUGGACUGUGAACUCUCAAGGCCGUCUAGGAAACCAGAUGGGUGAGUAUGCUAUUCUCUAUGCCCUGGCAAAACUCAAUGGGCAUCAGGCCUACAUCUCCCCUGAGAUGCACCAUCACCUUGCUCCCAUCUUCCGCAUCACUCUUCCCGUUCUGCCAACCAGUGUAACCCAGCACAUACCUUGGCGCGACUACCCCCUCAAUAACUGGAUGACUGAGGAAUAUCGCCAUAUUAAUGGUGCCUAUGUUCGUCUCACUGGCUCCCCCUGUUCCUGGACUUUCUAUCACCACCUCCGAGAAGAGAUUCGUCGUGAAUUCUCCCUGCACGACCAUAUCUGAAAUGAAGCUCAGGCUUACCUGUGGGGGAUACAGAAAAACCCAGCCACCUUUGUGGGGGUCCAUGUCCGCCGAGGCGACUAUGUUAAAAUAAUGCCCCAAAACUUGAAGGGUGUGGUAGCAGACAAGGGCUACUUGGAUCAAGCGAUGAAUUGGUUCAGAGCCCAGUACAGUGAUGCUGUCUUUGUAGUCACCAGCAAUGGGAUGGAAUGGUGCCAGGAUAACAUUGAUAACUCAAAGGGAGAUGUGAUAUUCGCAGGGGAUGGCAAAGAGGACUCUCCAGAGAAGGAUUUUGCUGUGCUGACCCAGUGUAACCACACCAUCAUGACCAUUGGCACUUUUGGCAUCUGGGCUGCCGACCUGGCAGGCGGCAAGACGAUCUAUUUGGCCAACUACACGCUUCCAGAUUCACCCUUCCUCAAAAUCUUCAAGCCUGAGGCUGCCUUCCUGCCUGAAUGGUUAGGAAUCCCAGCUGACCUGUCACCUCUGCUCAAGAACUAA